AUGGCCGCGGCAGGGCGACAGGCUCAGCGCGUUGCUGCACAGCUUACGCCUCGUCUCCCCAUCGCGGCACCGCGACUUGCCAGGCGGCAAUUGGGUUCGGCCCGCCGCGCCGCGUCGACCUCGACUGGGCGCACGACGAAAGGCCGUGCCUCAACUCUUCCGCUGUGGCUCGCGGCCGCGGCAGUGGGCUUUGCUGCUCCCCUGGCCCUGCAGUUGACUUCCGCGGAAAGCGUCCGGCUCGAUAAUACCUCCCUCGCCGACAAGGAUGCCCAGAAGAAGCGCGAGAGCGGCGUCACCGACGACUCGCCGAUGCGGCUGCGCAUGGAAAAGUUCAUCAAGGAGCAGCAGCAGAUCAUCGUCAAGGAGCUGGAGAGGGUUGACGGCAAAAAGUUUCGCAAGGACGAGUGGAACCGUCCCAAUGGCGGCGGCGGCAUAACCUGCGUUCUGCAGGACGGUAAUGUCUUUGAGAAGGCCGGCGUUGGUGUCAGCGUCGUUUACGGUGCCCUUCCCAAGCCCGCCAUCCAGAAGAUGCACGCCGACCACAAGACGCUCGACCCCAGCGUCGAGUCCCUCGACUUCUUCGCCGCGGGCCUGAGCAUGGUGCUGCACCCCAAGAACCCCAUGGCCCCGACCGUCCACCUCAACUACCGCUACUUUGAAACGGCCAACCCCGACGGCACCUCUCAGGCCUGGUGGUUCGGCGGCGGCAGCGACCUGACACCCUCGUACUUGUUCGACGAGGACGCCAUCCAUUUCCACAAGACGCUCAAGGAGGCUUGCGACGCACACGACAAGACCUACUACCCUCGCUUCAAGAAGUGGUGCGACAAGUACUUUUUCAACAAGCAUCGCGGGGAGUGCCGUGGUAUCGGUGGUAUUUUCUUCGACGAUCUCGACGAGUCGGAGCGCGACCGCGAGAACACCUUCGCCUUUAUCCAGGACUGCCUCAAGUCCUUCCUGCCCUCGUACAUCCCAAUUAUCGAGAAGCGCAAGGACAUGCCGUUUACGGAGAAGGAAAAGGAGUGGCAGCAGAUUCGCCGGGGUAAGUACGUCGAGUUCAAUCUUGUCCACGACCGCGGCACAGCCUUUGGCCUCAACACCCCCGGAUCUCGCGUCGAGAGCAUCCUCAUGAGCCUACCCCUGACGGCGAGCUGGAGGUACAUGCACGAGCCGGAGCCCAAGAGCCGCGAACAGCGGUUGGUAGACGUGCUGAAGGACCCCAAGGAGUGGGUUUAA